UCCGUUCGUUAGCCCGUAUGCUUAUUGCUUGGUGCCUUGUAGUUUUUCUUCCUGUUUAUAAUUUUCAUGAAAAAUAACGGAAAAUGUCUUAUAACUGUAAAACUUUAUCUUAAGUUCAUUUAAAAUUUUGCUAUUUCUAACACAGAAAAUUAAGUGUUUUUUAAAAGUGUGAUGUGUUUGAAACCUGUGAAGACGAGAAUGAAACAUACUUUUGUAUUCUAGUAAAUAAUUCAAAACGCUCGGGAUGGAGCACUCCGAUUUGGUGGCGGAGAUGGCUCAGGUGGAGCAUCUCACCACCCAAGAGAGACUUCACCUGGCUCGGAGACGACGGAUGCAGCAGUUGAAGCUGUGGCAGCAGAGGGAGAAGGAAUGGGCGAGAACAAGAACGAAACGAGAGAAAAGUAACAAACGCAACAUAUACUUCAAUGAUAGUGUUAUGUUACUUGAGGCGGCCGCUAGAAAUGACAUCGAUGAAGUCCGACGAUUGCUCGCUCGUGGAGUGACACCGGACGCGACAAACGAGGAUGGUUUGACAGCCCUGCAUCAGUGCUGUAUUGACAACAAUGAGGCCAUGAUGAGGUUAUUGCUUGACCAUGGAGCGAAUGUCAAUGCCGAAGACAGCGAGAAAUGGACCCCCCUACACGCAGCAGCGACCUGCGGCAACCUCAACCUGGUCAGGAUAUUAAUACAGUGUGGUGCGAACCUUCUAGCAGUGAACGGUGACGGGAAUAUGCCCUACGAUAUAUGCGAGGAAGAGAGGACCCUGGACGCCAUAGAAAGUGAAAUGGCAGCUAGGGGUGUCACGCAAAGACUGAUCGAUGAAACCAGGGCUGCCACUGAAAUGCAAAUGCUGAUGGAUGUGGCCGAUAUGGUGAAGAAGGGAAUGGAUUUGGACGAGCCCAGAGAUAAUCAGGGCGCUACCUUGUUGCAUAUAGCGUCAGCGAACGGUUACCUCAAAGUGGUUGAGUUUCUGUUAGAGCAUCGUGCGUCAACGGAUGUAGUGGAUCACGACAUGUGGCAGCCGGUCCACGCGGCCGCCUGUUGGGGACAUUUGGAAGUGUUAGAGCUUUUAGUGCAAUACGGAGCCGAUCUGAACGUGAGGAACAAACACGAUGAAACACCAGCAGAUAUCUGCGAGGAGGGUGAGAUGAGGGGUCGCAUUCUUCGGUUGGCCGUGGAGCAGGAGGAGGUGAGGCGGCGAGCGGCCAGCGUGGCCGGGGACAGGCUGCGGGCGGCCAGGAGGUCCUCCUCGACAGCCUCCGCAAGCAGGGUGCGUUCCGUCCGCCGCACGUCGCUCCGGGAGAAGCAGUUGGCGGCCAAGGCGGAUGCUCGAGGCGAAGCCAGGCUCAGGGAGACCUUCGACAGUACCGGAGACGACGACUAUCAGGGUCUCACAAAUGGAGUGGAAAACGAUCAGAACACAGCCAACAUACCCGCUGACUUAUCCAACACCAGGCUGUCAAUCAGUUCCACGACCUCAAACCAGAGCUACGACUCGGGAAACGUCGAUUACGCUGUACCGAAGCACAGCUAUCCGAAACACAGAAGUGAAACAGAUUCAAACGACAACAUAACAUACAACCAACCCAAGAUAACGAAUCCGUUGUUCGGUGUGAAUGCAGCCACGAAUUACUCACCGGGUCCGCUUCACGAUGAUAAAGAGAAAUUACCGAACGGUGUGAGAAAAGCACCGGAGGGUCAGGACAACGAGGCGUUCAAAACCGAGGACGUCUUAGAUGGUAGGAAAGAAAUGCUGGUGGCCGAUCAGAUAUCGAUAGCGGACGGUGGCACAGCGACCUACAGCACAGACAAUAAUGGUAAAAUCAAUGUUCAUGUCACCGUCAUGAUUAACGCAGGAACACUAGCCGAUUUGAAGAAGCAAAGGGCACAAAUAAGAACCAAUGGGAGUCCGGUAGAAAAUAGCGCGAAUUCAACGGCCAAUCACAGUCUGAAUUCUAUAGCAGAAACAAAGUCCGACCAAGUACAGAUACAAGAAGCGGCGCCGUCUAUAAUCGUGCCGAGGUUCACUGGCAACACUAGUGAUGUGGUCGGUGACAGUAAAUCGCGCAGAUGCUGCAUCAUAAUGUAAAAGCACAUCACUAUUAACGUAUAACGAAGGUCUUAUUCACCCAAAAAAUAUAUGAUCUAGUUAUUGAUGUAGGACGACAUAUUUGUGUUCGGAUCAUAAGUACAAAAUGUGUGUGCUCGUUUUACCAAAUGUAUCAUAUUAUUAUUAUUAUUAUUUUUCUUUUGGUAAACUAAGAGAUAUUUAUUAAAAUUAAACAAUUUUAACCCCAAAUAUGACGUUGACAGUGGAAGGUUGUUGCCAUUUCUGCUCACGGAAGGCCUUGCCAAUUAGAAUUUACAUAUACAGUACAUCAGCUCAAUCGAUUAUACGAUUUAUUUUUAACUAAAUUAACUUAAUUUUUUUCUCUAUUUAUAUUAUAUAAUUAUUUUCAUACAACAUUCCGUACAAUUUACAUAGACAUAAAAAAAAUUCAAUACAUUCCCAGUCCUUUUAAUUUAUUUAUAAAUAUUAAUUUAAUUUCCAAUACAUAUAUAUAUUGAUUUUUCGAUCAUUUUGUUAAUAUUAUUUCGCUCUGUAAAUAAUUAAUUCUGUCGAUAUAUUCAAUCAUUGUAUUUUUGACUUAUCAUAAAAGGUAAGUCAAAAUCAUUUUGAAAUUUUAUAUACGAUAAAAUUAACAACAUUGUGAUAUGCGGGAGGCGAAAUAGUUAUAUACAGUGUGACAACUGCCACUCGAUUUUCUCAUAGUUCCCGUUUAUAUUCCAACAUUGCCUUUACACACUCGUAUUGAGUACAAUGAUAGGUAGUAUUUAUAAAUAGGAAUCUUAAGACUGGAUUUAUUUGCUUAUUUAUUUCCUGAAGUGUAAAAUCACAUAUAACAACAUCAUAAACGUCGUUUUAAUGCAAAACUAUUUCCUACUAUAUUUGAUUUGACGUAUAGCAUUUGUAGAGACAGCUGUCUGUUGACGAUGUGAGGGGGCCAUGCAUACCGAUGGUUUGCUAUGAAUCCAUGUGUUACAAUAAUACAGCGGUAACCUUUAUGUAUGAUUUAAGAAAAAAAAACCUUCUAGAUUCUUCAAGAAUAUUCUAGAAGAUAUCAUGUAUUGAUUGUAAUACUAGGAUAUUAAUUGUGCCUUUAAUUUGAAUUUGUCUUGUUGCUGUUGUAUAUUAUUAAUGGUAGCGUUCUAUUCUGCUUUCAUAUAUAUGUGAUCUAACCGGGAGUUGUGAUUUUAAAAAUGUAUACAGUUAUAUUAUUGAAGUUUUUUCACCGAUUUUAUUGUAUUAAAUUUGAUAGAAAUACAAUUUAUGAUAAAUGACAUCAUUUUAUAUUUCUUAGCUAAUACUCUUUUGUGCCAAUUCUCUUGCAGCUGCUGGCUUAAUGUUUAAUUGAUUUUAAUCUAUAUAUUAAAAGAGAGAGAAUCCAAAAUCCAGUGUUCAUAAUGGUGAUAUCGCUAAGGGCAGCUAACAUUCCAUAGUUUAACAUGUUAUAAUGUAAAUAUAUUAAUGUAGGAGUCAUUAGUUCCAAUCCAUUUGUAAUUCAUACGUCCAUAUCAUUAGUCAUUAGUGUAGUAGAGCUGGGUAGUUUAGUGUUCCCGUACUUAAAAAGUACUUAUGCGUGUGAAUUGUUGUGUAGCAAAGAAAAUAUAAUAAUAUUGUAUAACAAAAA